AAAAAAUAGGCCAAUAUCUACAGAAAACAUGUUCUACUAAAUGUAUUACAUGUUUUCUAGAUUCGUUAUGAAGAAGAAGAUAAGAGACCAAAUGCUCGGAGUUUGCUGAAGUGUGACCUCGCACCUCGCCAUCGUGGCGCAUGGAAACACUUGGCGACGCGUCAAAGCGCAAUUUGGCACCGGCAUGCCAUGCAAGGACUCCGAUAAAUAGGAGGUUACUGCUCUGCAUCGGCACAUUCUCUUGAGGACUUUAAGCUGAACUGACGACCACAGCGGAACCAUGGAGACUUACACUUCUAACGGAUUUACCUCUCUUUUCCCUGGAAACAACAAUGUAACCCAACAACAGUCCCGUCUGUGGAGACCGUGGACUGGGAAAGAGGAGAACAUUGACGCGCACACGAUUCACUCGGUGCAUGGAGACGUUUGUGAUGCAAAGAGCUCCAAAACUCCUCAAAUCUCACACCCAGUCAAGCUGUAUUGGCCAAAGUCGAAAUGCUUCGACUACCUGUACCAAGACGCAGAGAUGCUGCUGCGUAACUACCCGGUCCAAGCGACAAUCUGUCCCUAUGAGGACUCCAGCAGCGACGAAGACAGCGAUGAAGAUGACGAUUACGAUGAGGAGGAGAUGGACAAGGAGCUGAACUGAACUCUUUGGAGACCAAUGUUGUUAUAAUAUAUUAUUAUUAUUAUUAUUAUUAUUAUUUUUCCCUUUAUAAUUUAUUCUUGUAAAUAUAUGUAAAUAUAAUUUUGAUGGUUCUCCUAACAAGAAUGUAAAUGCUUAAGUUAUUGAUUUCACACUUUUCUACCUCAUUUGU